GCCGCCGCCCCCGACUCCCCAAGGGUCCCGACUCCGGAAAGUGAGCCUAGCAGCGCCGUCCGGCCUCCUGCGCGCCCCAUGCCGCCCCUCCUGCUCCUCGGGACCCUCCUGCUCCUGGCCUCGACCGCCCGCCAGGCCGGGGCGCGCCCGUCCAACGGCACAGGCGCCGAGCCCCCGGGCCCGCUGCCCGCGCUGCUGGCGCACCUGCGGCGCCUGACCGGGGCGCUGACGGGCGGCGGGGGCGCCGCGGGCCCGGGCGCCAACGGCUCCAGGACCGGCUCCGCGAGCGGCCCCGGCGCGGCGGCGCGGGCGCCCCCUCCGGCCGAGCUCUGCCACGGCUACUACGACGUCAUGGGCCAGUACGACGCCACCUUCAACUGCAGCACCGGCUCCUACCGCUUCUGCUGCGGCACCUGCCACUACCGCUUCUGCUGCGAGCACCGCCACAUGCGCCUGGCACAGGCGUCCUGCUCCAACUACGACACGCCGCGCUGGGCCACCACGCCGCCGCCGCUGGCCGGGGGCGUCGGGGGUGCCGGGGGUGCGGGCGGGGGGCCCGGGCCCGGCCAGGCCGGGUGGCUGGAAGGGGGCCGGGCGGGGGGCGCAGGGGCACGCGGGGGUGAGGGCCCCGGGGGCAGCACGGCCUACGUGGUGUGCGGGGUCAUCAGCUUCGCCCUGGCCGUGGGCGUCGGCGCCAAAGUGGCCUUCAGCAAGGCGUCCCGUGCGCCCAGGGCGCACCGGGAGAUCAACGUGCCCAGGGCUCUGGUGGACAUUCUGAGGCAUCAGGCUGGGCCUGGGACCCGCCCGGACAGAGCACGAAGCAGCUCCUUGACCCCGGGGGUCGGGGGGCCCGACAGCAUGCCCCCGAGGACGCCCAAGACCCUCUACAACACCGUGAAGCCCUCCAAUCUCGAUAACCUGCACCACAACUACCUGCACCUCAACGUCAACAGCCCCAAGCACCAUGCCGCCACGAUGGACUGGCGUGCCGCUCCCCCACCCAGCCCCUCCUUGCACUACUCCACGCUGUCCUGCUCUCGGUCUUUCCACAACCUCUCGCACCUGCCCCCGUCCUAUGAGGCCGCUGUGAAAUCCGAACUCAACCGAUACUCCUCCCUCAAGAGACUGGCCGAGAAGGAUCUGGACGAGGCCUACCUGAAGCGCCGGCACCUGGCGGAGGUGCCCCGCGGGACCCUGCCCCUGCACGCCCUUCGGCGACCUGGCACGGGCGGCGGCUACCGCAUGGAUGCCUGGGGCGGCCCGGAGGAGCUGGGCCUGGCGCCCGCGCCCAACCCGCGGCGCGUCAUGUCGCAGGAGCACCUGCUGGGCGACGCGGGCCGCGCGCGCUACGAGUUCACCCUGCCGCGCGCGCGCCUGGUCUCGCAGGAGCACCUGCUGCUGUCGUCGCCCGAGGCCCUGCGCCAGAGCCGGGAGCACCUGCUGUCGCCGCCGCGCAGCCCCGCGCUGCCCCCCGAGCCCGCCGCCCGCGCGGGCCUGGCCGCGUCCCAUUCCAACUUGCUGCUGGGCCCCGGCGGGCCCCCCACGCCGCUGCACGGGCUGCCCCCGCCGGCCGGCCUGCACGCGCACCACCACCACGGGCUGCACGGCUCGCCGCAGCCGGCCUGGAUGUCGGACGCCGGCGGGGGAGGGGGCACGCUGGCGCGCAGGCCACCCUUCCAGCGCCAGGGCACGCUGGAGCAGCUGCAGUUCAUCCCCGGCCACCACCUGCCCCAGCACCUGCGCACCGCCAGCAAGAACGAGGUGACUGUCUGAGGCCAGGCCGGGGGCUUGGGGGCUGCGGCGUCGCGGGGGGGCCCCCGUCCCAGCCUGGAUCCCUCAGCACACUCCAGGGGCCUGGGACUCAGGAUCGGCCUGUGGCCAGGAGGCUGCCUCCGAGGACACUGCUUUGGAUGAAAGCGUCCCCGGAGACAAAACCUUCUGGGACGUCGCGGUAGAUAAGUUCCCCCCUCCUAUGUCACCCUUCGAGGCACGGCCUCUCUCCCAUGACGUUAUCACAGAGGAAGAGCCCUGCCCUGAGGUCAUCACUAGUGAAAAUGUCUGUGUUCUGUGAUGUCAUCACAGGGACAACCCCCCCCCCCCCAACUAAUCCAUCACAGAGGGCCAGGCUCGCCCCUGAGGCCACACCAGCGGCCAGUCGACGGCCGUGAGGUCAUCACAGCCUGUUUUCCUGUGGUGUCACAGUGGAGGCAAUGCCUUGUCCUAUGAUAUCACCCCAGAGACAGACUCCGUCCUGUGAAUGUCAUUGCAGAGACAGGUCACACCCUUGUGACGUCCUCUCUGGCACCAAAAGGCCUCUUUUGACAUGAUCAUCACCAGGAAAAUACUUGCCUCACAGGAGAUGUCUCUGUCUAUGACGCUGUCACUGCAGACAAAGCCAUCUUCCUGGGACACAUUGCAGGGGAAAUGCCUGCCAACGGUGUCCUCACUACCCGUAGGGCCUGUCCCCGACACUGUCACCAGGACCAUGCCUCUUCCCGUGGUGCCAUUGCCUGGGAUGACGGCCUGUUUCGGGGUCCCGCCAGGGUGCGGCCCCUUCUGUGGUGUCAGCAGGGCCUCGCCUGCGCGGAGGGGCGCUGUAAGACGCCUGCACGCCCGCCCCACCACGAGGAGGCAGGGCGCGCCCGGAGUCCAUGACAAGCCCGGGCACUGGACAGGGUGCCCUGAGCUGGCACGUCUGAGGGAUGUCGUCGCUGCGGGGACAAUCCCAUCCGGAGGUGACGGUCUGACUGUAGGCUGUUGGCAGGGGGUCCCCACUGAGGUCCUGUCCCAGUGUUGUGAUGGCAUUGCCACAGACACUGCCUGCUCUGGGGGCCAUCACUUGUGAUGGUGUCACCAGAUUUUCUGCCUUGUCCACGACUUCACUUGGUCACUCCCUCCCUGACACCAAGGACACGCCCUGCAGGACCUCCACCAGACCCUCCCUCUAAUGGGUGGCUGGGAAUCAGACCCUGCCCUGUACAGUGAUGUCACCUCCUGUGUGACUCCUCGAGGACAAGACUCCCACGGAGGCCACUCUGGCCCACCAGGCUCCCAGAGUCCCGGGACUCACAGUGGCCCCAACGUGGCACCACUUCUUUCUGCCAUAACUAGAGACACCA